AUGGCUUCUGAGAAGUGGGCUAUGGCAGUUCUUCUGCUGCAGCUUUGCUGUACCAGUUGUGGCUUCUGUGGCAAGGUCCUUGUGUGGCCCUGUGAUAUGAGUCACCGGCUGAACUUAAAGACUGUUCUUGAGGAGCUUGUCGAGAGAGGACAUGAGGGGACAGUCCUGAAGCUUUCUGAUAUCAUCAUAGAUCAGAGUAAAGAUUCUGCACUGAACUUUGAGAAUAUCCCUGUGUCGCAUGAGGACGAGAUUGCCGAGAAUUAUCUAAAUGAUUUUUUAAACGUGGCUGUGAAUGUCAUUCCAAAAUUGCCCCUGGCAAGCAGCAAAACAUUGCGAGAUUUCUUUAUUCAAUUGACUGCUAACUUUGAACAUCUUUGUAGGAGUGCAUUGUACAACCAGACAUUCAUGAACAAGCUCCAGGAUGCAAAAUACGAUGUAAUGGUUAUAGACCCUGUCAUUCCCUGUGGAGAGCUGGUGGCAGAGGUGCUUCAGGUCCCUUUUGUGAACACCCUGAGGUUUAGCAUGGGCUACACCAUAGAGAAAUACUGUGGCCAGCUUCCAAUUCCACUCUCCUAUGUACCAGUUGUCAUGAGUGAACUAUCAGACAACAUGACCUUCACAGAAAGGGUAAAAAAUAUGAUGCUGUCACUGUUUUUUGAAUUUGGGCUCCAACAAUAUGACUUUGCGUUCUGGGAUCAGUUUUACAGUAAAGCACUAGGAAGACCCACCACGCUCUGUGAGACCAUUGGUAAAGCUGACAUUUGGCUAAUCCGGACAUAUUGGGAUUUUGAAUACCCUCGUCCAUAUUUACCAAAUUUUGAGUUUGUGGGAGGGCUGCACUGUAAACCUGCCAAGCCAUUACCUAAGGAAAUGGAAGAAUUUGUCCAGAGCUCGGGGGAACAUGGUGUUGUGGUGUUUUCUCUGGGUUCAAUGGUUAAAAACCUGACAGAAGAAAAGGCCAAUCUCAUUGCCUCGGCGCUUGCCCAGAUUCCUCAGAAGGUUUUGUGGAGAUACUCGGGCAAGAAACCAGCCACAUUAGGAUCCAAUACACGGCUUUUUAGUUGGAUUCCCCAGAAUGAUCUCCUCGGACAUCCCAAAACCAGAGCUUUCAUCACUCACGGCGGAACAAAUGGAAUCUACGAGGCCAUUUACCACGGGAUCCCUAUGGUGGGAGUCCCCAUAUUCGCUGAUCAGCCGGACAACAUCGCUCACAUGCAGGCCAAAGGAGCAGCCCUGAAAGUAAAUUUCAACACGCUGACAAGUGCGGAUUUACUCAAGGCCUUGAGAGCCGUCAUUAAUGAGCCUUCUUACAAAGAAAAUGCUAUGAGGCUAUCAAGAAUUCACCAUGAACAGCCAGUGAAGCCCCUGGACAGAGCCGUCUUCUGGAUUGAGUUUGUCAUGCGCCACAAAGGAGCCAAGCACCUUCGUGUGGCAGCACAUGACCUCAGUUGGUUUCAGUAUCACUCUCUGGAUGUGAUUGGGUUCCUGCUGGUCUGUGUUGCAACUCUGGCAUUUAUCAUCACUAAAUGUUGCUUGUUUACUUGUCGAAAACUUUGUAUGUCAGAAAAGAAGAAAAGAGGGAACAGAAAAAAAAAGAACUAG